AUGGAGGGCAGCAGAAGCGAGGCGGUGUUCGAUUCCAUGAAUCUCAAUCCUCAGCUUUUCAUCAACGCAACGAUUAACACCGUCGACGACGUUGUCGACGAAGCAUUUGAUUUCUUCAUCAGUGAAGCAUCCAAAUUUCUCAAAAUCGAUGGAGGAUCUAACAAUCGGUCACAAGAGUUGUCAAACGGUAUAGAUCGUGUUCGUGGUAUGAUUCAGUCUGUUCUCGACAAUCGCCUGAAAAUGUGGGAAGGUUAUUGUGUGAGAUUCACUUUCGCAGUCCCUGAAGAGUUUGUGAUGCCAGAGAGUGACGAAUCGUCUGUCAACCAAAACAUCCAAGAUGGGUCAAAUGAGCAAGAGUUGGAUGCAGAAUUGGAUUCUCUAAGGCAUAAGCUUCAUUUGGUAGGGAAGAGGUCUGCUGAGCUUAACUCUGAGCUUCAAGCUCUAGAGAGAACCUCGGUUUCGAAUGAACAGUCUGCGAGACUCGUUAAUGAAGCUUUGGAGCUUUAUGACAAAUCGUCUGUGGAUGAUAUGUUCAAAGAGGUGGCGAAUAUGGCAACAGAACUUCGUGAAGGGAUCGGUAGGCUGAAAGCAAGAAGAAUGAAAGCCAUUGAAAGCGGUGAAGUUGAGAGGCUAAAGAACAGUGGUAAAGAGUUUCCGGCGACGACUUCCGAUGGAAAGCUUGAAGACCUUGAAAUGUUUCUGGCCGAAUUAAGAAAGAUGUGA